AUGUUCCGCCAUGUCUCGAUGUUCGAGGGCGAACACGUCUACCACUACGGCCGCCACACCUUCACCAUCAUGCGGGAGAGUGCGACCUUGGGUAUAAUGCCGGCAGGCUGUAUCCUGGGCUACAUUGUGACCCACAUGUCCUCGUUGCCGGUGAUUCCGUUUGAGGUGCAGUGCGUGUUCAUGGCCAGCUUGUUCGUGCUGUCGCGCCUCAUGGCAGCCGGCAGGCGCAAUCGAUGCACCAAGGACCUGACCGGUCGGCAUGUUGUCCUCACCGGCGGCACCAGCGGCAUCGGCAAGGCCACCGCGGCGCAGCUGGCAAAGAUGGGGGCGGACAUCACAAUUAUAGCCAAGGACUCGCCGCACGCCGCGGAGGCGCUCUUGUACGUCCGCAGCCACGCCAAGAACAGCGCAGAUCAGCAAAUCCAUCUGCAGCCGCUGAACCUCGACGACUUCAUCGCCGUGCGGGAGUACUGCAAGCGCGCGCGGCAGAGCAACCGCCCCAUCGACAUACUGGUGAACGCAGCGGGCGUGCUGCAGGAAAAGUACGUGACGACCCGCUUUGGCGAUGACGUGCAGCUGGCCAUCAACUUCCUUGGCCCGUAUCUACUCACCGAGGGUCUGCUCCCGCUCGUGGAGGCAGCGCACGGCCGUAUCGUCUACGUCGCGUGCGCUGCGCACGUUGGCGUGAAGGGGGACGUCGUGAAGACGUACCUCAGUGGACGUGGCGUAUGGUCACCGCGGGUCGCAAACAAGUUCGACGGCUUGGAGCAGUACGGGUUCACAAAGCUCGGCAACAUCUUCCACGCCCAGCAGCUUGCCCUCCGCUCUUACCCGAAGCCGGCGAAGAGUAGCGUGUCCUCGAGGCUGACGCGCCAGCAGCAGGUCAUCAGGACUACUGGUGGACGCAAGCAGCCUGCGUCGCGCAGGUCCGGAUACGCCGCCGCUGUUGAAGCCGCUGCAGCCUCACAGGCCAGCGGCACUGAAGCUGCCGGCGCCACGGCAACCGUAAGCAUCGAGCCACGAUUCACUUGCUGCGCCUGCUCACCAGGGGGAGUCAUCACAAACCUAUACCGCAGCACUCCGUUCUCCGGCACCUUCGUGUAUCUCUACUACCUCUACAUCCUUGUCAUGCGCACCGCGUGGGAGGGGAGUCAGACGGUAGUGAACUGCUGCGUGCGGGACGACUUCAAGAACGGCGGGUACUACAUGAACACGCGCUAUCAGCCGGCCGGACUGUCCAAGACGGCCUGCAACGUGGCGGAGCGCGAUCAGGUGAUGACGUGGGCGCACAACAAGAUGAAGCCGUACAUGAAGUGGGAAUAG